ACGGCCAAAAAAGAUAUUAUUCUACCCAGAUUCUGCCCGAUCCUGCCCGAUUCUGUAAAUCGUCUGACCCAAUCACAACAUCGUAGACGAAAUCAAGACGAUGCCGAGAAGUCGAUCCCGGUCACCGAGAAGAGAAAGAAGACAUUCAAGAGAAAGAAGACGUCGCCGCAAAAGUAGAUCAAGGUCAAGGUCACCAAGACGCAGGUCAAGAGAUCGGCACAGGUCAAGGUCACCGGCAUCUAGUUACAGACACAGGGAAAGGAAAAGCCGAGAACAUGUACCAGAGAGACAGAAAUUACAAGAAUUUGACCAGUACCACACCAAACCUCCAGUCGUGGAAUAUCUGUCUGAUCACGAGGUAUAUGAGAUAGAGGAUGAUGACGAUGACGUUGUUGUAGAACCACAAGAAAAUUCAUUUGUGAAAUCAGAGGCAGCCAUGAUGAAAGCCAUGGGCUUUGUUUCAUUUGAUUCAACAAAGGGUAAAAAGGUUGCAGGAAACGACAUAUAUGUGGCCAACACUGCCCGAAAACGUCGAUACAGACAAUACAUGAACAGACGUGGAGGAUUUAACCGUCCACUGGAUUUUAUUGCAUGAUGUCUGCUGACGUAUUCCUCAUAUAUCAAAACUUCAUUCCUGAAGAAGUCCGUGGCUAAAAAGAUGUAUGCAAGAUGGAAAACAUUGUGACUGUGGUGUGAUAUUUUGGUGCAGUGAUUACUUUAUGAUUAAAGUGGUCUCAUUACUUGAAAGAUACAGUCAGAUGGUAUCUCUUUUACUGGACUUACAGGAAACAUAUACAAAAGAUACAGUCAGAUGGUAUCUCUUUUACUGAACUUACAUGAAACAUUUACAAAAGAUACAGUCAGAUGGUAUCUCUUUUACUGGACUUCCAGGAAAUGCAAACAUAGAGGGAUGAUGAUCUUUUGAUUGAAACAUGUGUUUCUUAAAUAGGGAAUUCAAAUAAAAUGUAUAGUAUUUCUCAACUUUCACUGUGGAAAUUUAUUAGAUAAAAAACAUUGAUGACUUUUAUCGGUGGGAAAUUUCAUAAAAUACUGAUAGUGUUUCUUUCAUAUAAAUUCAGAUAAAUAUAAUGAUGGAAAACAUAUUUCUUCCAGUAGGAUUUUGGUAAACAAAAAAUAUGGAUGAUGUUUCUUUAAUUGAAGUAUAUUCAUUAGCAGUCAUGAUACUGAGGAAAAACUGAACAGACCGUUUUGAUUUAGACACGUAAAAAAAUUUGAAAGAUUGAUAUUUCAUAUACUCAUCUGAUGUAAGUCUGCACACCUCUUGUAUAAAGAAUAAGAUCUUACUUUGUAGAUUCCUAAAUUAUAUGACAUUCUGAGUUUAUAUUGCACCUCAAUAAAAUAUCACUUAUAGGA